AUGGUCCGGUCCGGAGGCGCUGCUGCUGGCUGGGUCGAGGACGGCAUGGCUUCGGGGGGCCGCCCUGCGCGGUGGCGGCCCCGUCGCGCCCAGGAGACGGAGCAGCUCGGCGCGACGCAGGCUCGGCGGGCGGCCCGCCGCCGAGCGCAGCAGGCCUGCGAGGCUGGGUGCUGCGCCCCGCAGCUGGCGGCACUCGGCGCGCGCGUGCCAGGGCGUGCGAGGCGCCGCCGCAGCGCGGCCUGGCACGCGGCUCGCGGCCCGCCCUGUGGCUUCCUGCAGGCCACCGGCGUGGAGCUCCGGUGGGCUGCAGCCGGGCCCCGACUGGGAGCUGCCUUCGGCCUCGAGCUCGAUGUCGCGGAGGCUGCCUCCGCAGUGGAAGGCCCGCUGCACGCGGACGCUGGCGGGUUCGGGGCCACGGCAGCGGUGCAGACGAACGAUUGCGACGCGCAGGCGGCCUCGGUUGGCCUCACCGCCGUCGUCGAUGCCUGCCACGCCGCUUCGGAAGCGCAGGACGGCGAGGCAUGCUCUGCGGUCGCCGCCGCCGCGGGGUGCGCUGCGCCGCGCACGCCCUGGACCAGGGCGCCGAGGCAGCCGCUGGACGUCUCGCCCGACAGUGUGCGGGCGCCACCACGCGGCCGCAUCCCCGCGCUCGGGAUUCCUGACGAGCCUCGCGGGGCAUGGUGGACCUACACAUCGAUCGAGCAGGAUGCGACGCUUUGGGCGACAGGCGGCUCCCUCCACCAGCCCUUCGUGCGCCGCCGUGCCAAGCUGGCUGGAGCGCGCUCUGUCGUGGCCCCGCUGCUCGAGGAGGCCUCCACCGUUUCGCUGGCCCCAGACGUCGCCGUCGGCCCCGCUCUCGAUGCCGAUGCUCCGCGGCGAGCCCGGGGAGAUUUCAAGCUGACCGAGGCGCAGGUUUCGGAACUGCACGUCCUGGUCGACGAAAUCGACGCUCUUCGGCUCGGAUCGUUCGGCCUGCCUGGGUUCAUGUCUCUGGUGACGCGUCAGAAGCACCGCGGAGUGCUCGUGGACGACCUCAUCCGCCUCGAGCGCUCCGUCGGCGACGCCUCGGACCCCGUCGUCGUCCGCGACCUCGAGGCCCGAAUCAUGAGGCUGGAGCAGGAGAUCGACGGCCUCGACGGCGUGGACGGGCUCGGUAUGCCCAUCGAGGGUUGCGGUCUCUGCGCUGGCCCAGCAGCGCUUCCUACGCUUCCGCCCUUGCCGUUCGGCUCGGACGUUCCUGAGUUCAUCCCAAUGGGCAAGUGUUCGGAGGCCCGCGGAGGCGGCGCUGCGCGGCGGCUGCGCUGCUGCGCGCGGCGGCUGUGCGGCGGCUGCGCGCGCGGCGGCUGCGCGCGCGGCGGCUGCGCGCGCGGCGGCCGCGCGGCGGGCAUGGACGCCGGGCCGCUCGGCGAGCCGGCGCUGCAGAAGGGGGACGUCGUGGGCUUCGGCGAGCGGCGUACGGGCACCGUCACCCGCGCGUACCCCACGGAGGACAAGUACGCCGUGAGGGAGGUCGGGGCGCUGCGGGAACUCCGCGGGCGGGACAACGCCUUCUUCUACUUCUCGCGCCGCGACCUCAAGAGGGCCGUGCCGCUGCCGUCGGAGGACGAGGGCGCCAGCGGCGCGAAGCAGCCCCGGGCCGGUGGCCACGAGCUGGGCGGCGCCGCCGACGAGGCGCCCGCCACCGCCGCGGCGCCGGCGACCGCGGAGCCCGCGGCCCAAGCGCGCCCGCAGGGGCGCGUGAAGUGGUACAGCCGCGAGAAGGGCUUCGGCAAGAUCGUGCCCUUCGCGGCGCCGGGCCGCCCCGCGCCAGAGGAGGUCUUCGUGCACCGCAACCGGCUCGACGGCGGCCCCGAGGGCCCCCACGCGCAGGCCAUCUGCGAGGGGGCCGUCGUCUCCUACGACCUGACCACGCACACCGACGGGCAGCCGUGCGCGGCGCUCGUGCGGGUGGAGGGCGUGGCGGGGCCCAGCGCCCCGGACCCCGAGACCGUGGCGCAGAGGUCGGAGCUCAUCCGCCACCUGCUCUCGUCCGGGAUGCAGUGCGGGACCCACCAGGUUAAGGGCCAGGGCAAGGCCGCGAUGGAGGACCGCCUCGUCACGCGGCCGGGCGUGCCCGCAGACGCCGUGGGCGGCUGCCGCGGGGUCGUCUGCGGCCUCUUCGGGGUGUUCGACGGUCACUCCGGCGCCUCUUGCAGCGAGUUCGUGGCCACCUGCCUCGACCGCAGCGUUUUCGACUGCCUGCGGCACCAGAGCAAGCGGGAGGUCAGCUGCGAGCUGUCGGUGCGGUCGGCGCUGCUCUCCGCCUUCCGCAUGACGGAGCACAACUUCUUCCAGUACUUGAACAAGCUGGAAGGCGGCGCGGCCCACGCGUGGGCCACGGCGGGCUCCACGGCGUGCGCGGCGCUGUUCUUCGGGCCGGACGAGGCCGGGCGGCUGAGGC